AUGGCAUCCUCAGCCCUGACCCCCCUCUCCAGCUACACCAACCCAUCCUCCGCCCCACCCCCCCCGCCCAAACCCCCUCAAUCCAUACCCCCGACGCCCUCAUACACACCAUCCUACACCCCCACAACGACCGGUCCACCCCGUCCCCCCCAAACACCCUCCCACACCACCACCACCCCAGCACCCCCCCCGCAAUCCUCCCAACCAACCAACCCUCCCCCGCCGAAUCCAUCCGAGCACUGGCUGCCAGACAUCCUCCUCGACAAACCAUCCCAAACCCUCCACGCAGCCCUGCAAAACGAACCCCUCCUCCGCUCCCUCUCCCUCCUGCACCCAUCCCUCACCCCGUCCCCCCUGCCCCCGCACCUGCAGCAGACGCAAAACCUCGCCCGACACCUCACGGCGCAGCGCGCGCACCUGCUCGCCCUGCGCCAGCGGACGCAGUCGCAGUUGCUGCGUCUGCACGCGCUGGAGCGGCAGUGGCGGGAGAAGCAGGCGCUUAUGGAUCGGGAGUUGGCGCCGUGGAGUGCCAAGGUGCUGUAUCAGCGGCUGAGGGAGGGGGAGAGGGAGGGGGAGGAGUGGUGUGAGGGGUUGGAGGGGAGCUGGUUGGAUGGGGAGGGGGAGGUGGGGGAGAGGGAGGUGGGGGAGUUUUUGAGGGGGUAUAGGGAGGGGAGGGUGAAGGUUUGGAGGAGGAAGGAGGCGAGGGAGCGGUGGGAUGAGGGGAGGGUUGGGGGCUGGCGGUAG